GGGGGUGUGUGUGUGGCAGCAGUGACCUGUGUGGCACAUAGCCAGCUGCUCUCUAAAAGGUGCCGACUGGUGGUGUGAAAGAGGAGAAGCACCGAGGUAAAAGAGGAGAAGGUGGUAACAGUCUAGUACUGGAGGCAGCAUCCUUAUUCCCGAAAUUGUCUUUUUGGUCCAGGACAGGUGCCAGGCUGACUGCAGCUAGCUGGGGGAAUUCUGUGUGGUUCCCUCUUGCCAGAUAUCCUGUGCCUUCUCGUUGGGUUGCAGCUGCUGCAGAGACACAGAGAGGAGGCUUUCUCCUCCUGCACAGGGAAAGCUUGUUUCUUCCUAGGAGCAUCGCUAGUACGUGCUGGGAGGAGGAUUCCCCAAACAGGCAGGCAGGGAUGGCAGCUUAGGAUGUUGAAUGGGGAGGUAUAAAUCAGCAUGCUGCUAAUUAAGACCACAGGAGGCUGGUGAGUUACUAAAGACUUGUAUUACUCUUUUCAGAGCUCUGGGCCAUUAAUAAGAUCCCUGGGACCUACUCCGAGCACGUGGCUCUCUAGGGACAUCACUCGCGAGCACUCUAUUUUGGGCAUGUUCUCAGAGUUGAAGUUCCCUGUGCCCUGGGGCCAUGUGGCAGCCAAGGCCUGGGGACCCUCGGAGGGAUACCCCGUGCUGUGCUUGCAUGGCUGGCUGGACAACGCCAACACCUUUGACAAGCUCAUUCCACUGCUCCCCAGAGAUUGCUAUUAUGUGGCAAUGGAUUUUUCUGGCCAUGGCUUGUCAUCCCACCGACCUGCAGGCUCCCCCUACCAUUUUCUGGAUUACGUGAGUGAUGUGCGCCGGGUGGCAGCAGCCUUGCAGUGGAGACGGUUCACCCUGAUGGGUCACAGUAUGGGUGGGUGUGUGGCAGGAAUGUUCUGUUUCCUUUAUCCUGAGAUGGUGGACAAGCUGAUCCUGCUGGAAAAUCUUGGCUUUCUGCUAGGUCCAGAGGACACUGAGGCGUGGCUGAAAUCAAAACGGAUGGUGAUUGACAGAUUACUGAGUCUAGAGGCGAAGCAGCAAACUCCCAAAGCACGGAGCCCCGAAGCGGCAUUGCAGAGGCUCUUAGAAGCAAACAGACAUCUGACAGCAGAGGGUGGGGCAAUCCUACUGCAGCGAGGAGCAACUGAGACACCCGCUGCAGAGUCGAGAGUCCUUCACGGCAGAACAGUGCGUGAAGCUCCUGCAGAAGAUCCAGGACCGUGUUCUCAUCAUUAUGUGAGUGAGGCACAAGCCAAACCACCCCCCGCUGCCUCCCUGCAGCCCUGGUUGGAGGGAACAAAGAGCACAAGAUGGACUCUUGGUACCGCACAACCUAGACAGCACAAAUCACUUUGUGAAAGCCCCGUGGGAGGCGUUUGAGUCUACCCUCAAACAGCACAUCCAGCUAGUAGAGGUGCCUGGGAGUCAUUUUGUGCACCUGAACGAGCCCGAGGUGGUGUCUGGGAUCAUCGGCAACUUCCUGACUGCGCAGAACACCAGAGCGAGGCUGUAGGAAGCCCUCACUGCUGCAGCAGUCCAGGAGAACAGGGAGCUAAAAAGCAGGCUCUGGAGGAAUUGUCACCAUUCCUACCUUGCAUCCAAGAUCAGUUUCAUGAUGCUGUUUCCUAAGCUUAGCUCGCUGCAGGGUGGAAGCAGGUCUGCCAGGGUUCCCUGGAGGAUUGCUGAGCAAAGCAUCUCAGUUGUCAAAGGGAAAAGGAAUCUUUCCUCCACUUCCAGCUCUGUGAGUAGAAGGAUAGAGGCCCAGAGUGGCCUUUGCUUGCUUGCUCCUAACUCACACCCUGAAAUGGAGCAAGAAUACAGGCAGAGGCAUCCUCUGUGGGAGCAGCAGCACCAGCUGUAGCAUUCCAAGAGACAGGUGGCUCAUCUUGCCUCCUCCCUGAGGAUGGUGCAACCAGUCUCCUCCCAGGAUUAGACCUACUGAAAAACCAGGAAAGUGUUCUGCUUCUCUGCUUACUUCCAUGGGUGCCUGAGCCGAGGGCCUCAGUGUCUCUGUUCUACUGUGAGAGAUGCUGCUUUUUUAAAAAUCAGCUUAAAGAGCUCACCUGGGCAUGGAAGGCCAUUUUAAUGGAACUCCUAGGGAAUGAGUCACUAAUCCUCUAGCUGAAGCAGCUGGCAGAACUGCUAAUAAUGAAAAAGUUGGCAGAGAUGAUUUCUGUCCUUGUAAAUAAAGACUAAUCUCCCAAUGUUA